GUCUCGGUUUCUUUUCUUUAUUCUUUAAAAAUUCCCCAUUCGAGUCUUGGCCUCGACCGCUACCCAUUCAUAUCUGGUUCGUCCGCUCGCUCAUCACGCGGCUUACCUUUCCUCUUUACCAUGUUAUUAUUACUAUAGUAGCAAAGAGACUCGGCCAUAUCCGUCUCUCCUUAAACGUCUCCAUCCUCAUGCUCAUGCGUGGCGAGAACAAACCCCGCCGAUCACUUAGCUCUCUCUGUACUUAUCUAUUAUCAACAUGGUCCUGUUACUCUUAUCUAGGCAGAUCGGAUAGGUCUGUUUAAGCUAAGCUAAGCUUGCGCAAUCCGCCGAUUUUACAUAGCUAGGUAGCUCUGGGUUACCUACUAAUAGGUCGACGGAUAACCCGAAACGUUCGCUCUUAGACAUAUUCGUAGGUAGUUUAUACGAAGCUAUCUAUAUCCGUAUUCCUAGAUGAGAGAUCAUGAGUCGAGAUACGUACCGCAGAUUGAAGCUCAACAUCGCGAAGCUUCCUCGGUUGGUUUAACGCCCGAUAUCUACGUUCCUUUACCGCAUUCCUUACUUUUACUGGGAUAUAAGCGGCAACGACUCUUUGACGGACGAACUGUAACGAUAACGGCCGAACCAACUCCGCCGCACAGAUCGGUCUCAUUGUUGCCCAAUAGUAGAUUAAGCUAGGUCAGCUCUUUGGUGUGAGCAAAGGGAGAAAAAAGAUGGCAAGCGACCACGAUCAGCGAGACGCUUCUGCGUCCCAGGUAGACCAAGAGAAACAGAAGGAUACCACGCUACCAACACCGAACACCCCUCCUCCGCCCCCCAUUCCUUCAGCCGACCCGAAAUUAGUAUUACAGGCUCGAACGCCUCCUCCACUCCAUGCCGUUCCGAGUCCGUCCUCCCACGACCUCUUCAGGUUGACUCCGAUUGCUGCCCUAAAGUUAUUAAGUGCUGGGAUCGAAGCUCUCGUACGAGUCACUGGCGAUAUACCUCCUACACCUCCUCCCACGAGCCCUACCAUUCCUAACAUGCGUGGUAUGCAAAGGGAGAAGGCGGAGCUUGUCAGGUCUCUUUCCGAGAAGAGUUUGGCUCGACUACGAGAGCAAGCAGAAGCAGAAGCUCGGGCUCAAGCACCAAGCCCCGCGAGAUCGAACCAACCCAUCGACGGUGUUCAUCUUCGACAGACGCCGAACCCUUCUCCGCCGAAGAACACACCCGAGCCCUAUAUCGUUAUUGGUGCCAAUUCGCAGCCCAUCAACUUGCAACACAGCGCAAUUACGCGCAAAUUCUUCAGCAAACAGCCGCCUCCAAUCAGUAUCGAGGAUUACUUGUUGCGAAUACAUCGAUUUUGUCCCAUGUCGACUGCUGUGUACCUGGCUACAUCGUUCUACAUUUUCCGGCUCGCUGUUGAAGAGCGAGCUAUUCCUGUCACGCGAAGAAAUUGUCACCGUCUACUCCUAGCCGGCUUAAGAGUAGCGAUGAAGGCACUUGAAGAUCUAAGUUAUCCACACGCCAAAAUCGCCAAGGUUGGUGGGGUGACCGAAAUAGAACUCGCAAGACUCGAGAUUAGCUUUUGCUUUCUGACAGGAUUCGAGCUUGUCAUUGGAGAAGAUACCCUCAGAGGUCAUUGGGAGAAGUUGAAAAAGGGUCAUGGGCUAGAGGGUUUCGAGAGUCUCUUGUCGGAUGAUGACGCGAUCCCGACGUUGAAGUUGGAUGCGCCUCCGAAAGGGAAUGUGACUCCUGUAUCUGGCUGAAUGCUUCUUAAGGAGGAUUCAGGAUUGCUGUGUCUACCCAGGUACCUUGGUAUAAAAGGAGGGGUAAUCUAGACGAGGAUCCAAUUGAGUUGAUCAAAGAUAUUGUGGUGGCACACGACCGACGCCUAGAUGAUGAUGGCUUUAACUAGAACUUGACGGGCACAAUUUCUAGAGGAUAGAGGAUGUCGUGCAAAAAUUUAAAUAGUCCAAGGUAUGGCUUGGCAAAGACCAAUCGGGAAGCCAUACGUAAGAGAGGCGCAGAGACCAACAACCUUGGUGUUGUAUGUGCCUGUGGGUAUAAUGGGAUGAUGAGGUUUGCAUUAUAUGGGUGGUAGCUAUUUGUUUUGGAGCAUUUAUUGUAAGGCAUUGUUGAGAAAGGAAAGCAUAUAUGGACGGACUUAUUCAUACAUGAUACCCGAAUCUCACCUUAUGUAUAUAACAUGCGAAUAUUUCGAUUCUAGCAUUGAGCUAUAUGGUUAUUAUGAGGAGUUUUAUGAGUUUAUCUUCUAUUCGAUUAAGACAUUAUGGUCAACGAUUUCGAGGGGUUCAGCCCAUAGUCUGGAUAUUAAUAUACCUAGCUACUCAAAUGGUCACUAUAAUGAGGGAGUUGGAAUUGGAUACUAAAACUUGACUGAAGGUAUCAAGAGUAAGCGGUUUGAAGUGCCUAUCUAGAACUAAGAUAUCCCC